GCAUGCUGUCAUGUAGGGGCUCGGCCAUCGUCUGAACAAAACAGUGUCCUUUGUUUGUAAACUUUCAACUUGUGCUGGUGUCUGCUGGCGUAACGUCAGCUUCAUUCGUGCCCGGACGUCUUCCCCACGUUUCUGUGAACGCAGACCCAAGGGCCGACGUUCUUUUGCAAGUGAAAUCGUCUAACCUCGCCCCGAGCGUGUCUGACGGCGCCCCCCGGGCCGGGAGCAGGAGUCCUGUCGACUUGGCGCUUGGCGUCGCGUCUGUCGCGUCCCGUCGCGGGGCUUGCAGGACUCUGGGUUCAAAGUGCAGGCCGCGGCCGCACUUCGCGUGCUCGCACAUCGCUCGGAUCCGUCAGGAACAUGGACAGCUCCUGGAAGGCUUCUAGCGGCCGGACUGACAGCUCCGGCGGCUCGACUCUGCGCUUCACACCGCGCUUCUCGCAAGUCUUCCAGUCCGAGCUCAUCAAGUACAAGCACCCUCGGGAGCGCUUCCCGUCGUCCAGCAGCACAGACGACCCGGACAGCGGCUCCGAGGGCGAGCAGGACGUCGGCGUGGGCCUCGGCGGCCUCCCCCUGUCCGGGCGAGCGGGGCUGCACGGCGCGCACAGCGGCCACCACCACUCCUCGCACCACUCCAGCCACAGCAGCUCGGUGGCGAGGAAGCGGCGCGGCAACCUGCCCAAGUACUCCGUCAAGAUCCUCAAGCGGUGGCUGUACGAGCACCGCUACAACGCGUACCCCAACGACGCCGAGAAGGUGUCGCUGUCCAAAGAGGCCAACCUGACCGUGCUGCAGGUGUGCAAUUGGUUCAUAAACGCCAGACGAAGAGUACUCCCGGAAAUGAUCAGACGCGAGGGCCACGACCCCCAGAAUUACACAAUCUCCAGGAGAGGGAAGAAGCUAGGGGGAAGCAGUGGCGGCAGUCAAGUGAGUGGCUCGUCGAGUUCGAGUCCGCAAGGGAGCAGCAGCAAGAGACAUGGCAGCGAUCACGACUACGAUGACACAGUCAUGUAUAGAAGUGAGGAGGACUCGCCAAAUGACUACGAGAGUAGUUCACCUUCUGAAGAGGAAGCCACCCCACCCUCCUCAACCCAGCCCUGGCAUUCUGUCAUCGUCUGUAGAUAUGGCUGUCAGAAUGACUGCAAGGCUGCUCACAGUUCGAAUCAGCAUCGUGCACCAUUGAAUUCACCUAGAGAGGAGAGUUUGGGGGGCCCUCAGAAUGUCAUCACCCAAACAGACGCGGAGUACUGGAGCACACGUCUAAGUACACCACUAUCGUCACACCAACAGGAGACACCACCUCCAACACCUCCCGAUGACACUGAAGAUCGAGACAAAUUCAAGUGUCUCUACCUUUUAGUUGAAGCCGCAGUUGCUGUGCAGCAGCAGGAGCGUCAAGAGCGUGAACAUAUUGCGCCAGCAACAUUGUAGCUUUUUGACCGUUAUGUUUGAUUUGUUUUGUUGCUUUCUUCUUUAUCUGUAAAAUUCAACUGGAAUUCAAUUGAACACAAUUGUAUUUCUGUUUGAAGUGAAGCUUUAGUGCCUGAAAAGAAGGUGCAGUCACUAGGUAUACUUUGUUGGACUCAUUCUUGUGAUAAUGAUUUGCUUUUGAGGUACGUUCGAGUAACGUUAAGAAAGUGCAUGUGUGCUGAAAUCUACUGACAAGUGUUUAAUGGUCAGAGGACACUUUUUCUUUUGUUCUUCUUAUUCUCUGUUAAUUUUUGAAUGAAUGGGCCCACACCCAUAGAGCAAGCAUUUCAUUUGCAUUUCCCUCCAGUCAUUUUUAAAAGUAAUCAAAGAAUUUCAAAUUAUUUUAAAGACAUAGAUAUUUCUUGUGUGUGAGCGCACACAUUGAUUUUGGGAAUAUGAUCCUAAUCAAGGUGCCUUAAAGAAAGCUGUGAGCAGGAAGGCUGGUCUCUCCAAAAUAGACUUGCAACUGACAUUAAUUACUUACAUGUACCUUACUGAUGUUGCACAAUGUUCUUUUAUCAACUUUUAUAAAUUGAUUUAAAAGAUCAAUAAUUUUAUAGUACAAGGUCUGUUUAUUGUCUUAAAUUUUACUCUUGUGGAAAUGGAAUUUUCCAUUUGUUUUAAUUCAUGUUUUAUAUCAAAUGUAAAUGUUUUUUAAAUUUGGUCAAAUAAGCUGAUUUUAGUGUUGGAGUGUUAAAGUUAGUGAAACCUGUGAUUAUGUGUCGUUACGGGAGCGGCCUUUAUUGUUGAUUGUUAAGAGGUGGUCCGUCCCUUGAUCUUCUACCCUUUCAUGACCGCUUUCCUUCUCCUUCAAAUUGGUAGUCAGGUUGUGGUUAAUGCAAGGCUGAGUAUUUUUCUACAUAAUGCUCAACAUUGAUUUUCUUCCUCUUUUUAAUGUUGUUCCCAAUGGCUAGUAUUAAGUUAAAAAUCCACAAAUUUCACCGAUGACUGCUCAAAGGAUUUUAAAGAUGUGUAGAUAUGUACUGUGUUUGCUGUUGAAAUGGGCUCAACAAGUAGUAAAUAGCUAGUAGAGUGAAAAUUGAAUAUGAUAGUACAAAGAAACUGAACUAGAGUAUUGUACAGGCGCUGGCUGACUUAAUAUUACACUGCCAAGUUGAAUUAGUCAUUUAGCAGUCUGUACUGGCACACAUCAAACCUGCAUGUAGAAUCUACAGGUAGAAUUUUUUACAUUUUUUUUUUAGAAAAUAAGUGAAUUUGAAAAAAAAAAGAGGCACAAUUUGUAUCCUGUUUGCUAUUAGGCCAAAGGUUGUCUUUUAGCAAUCAGGUUUUAAAUUGUAUGUGUAGGGUUAUUGUUGUUAGAUUUGUCGUUAUUAUCUUCCCCAAAUGUGGUUGAUAGUUAUUUUUUUUUUGUUUUGAGAUUCUUCUUCUUUUUUUUUCCCCAUCACUUGUUACGGUGUGAGGCAAUCAUGCUCCUUGUGAUAAUGAGGUAAUGCAAACUGAGCUGUUGAGAGAUGAAAGGAAGUGUCAUCAGUGAUGCAACUUGUUAAGGAAGUGUCAUAUCAGUGCUGCAGCUUGUCAACAACAAGUCUGUUGGCCCCUAGUCUUCCUUUGGAAUCAUUGACCCUGUAUACUUUACUGUAGUUGACUUUUUUUUUAAAUGUUUCCUUUUCCUGUUUUUCUUUUUAAAUGUUAACUGUCUUCGAUGCCUUUAAAAGGCAAUGAAGAUUUGAGUGCCAAUUAUUUUGUAGUGGGAUGUGAAGUGGGCAACUUUGUCCUGACAGUGUGUCAAUGGUCCUCAAGGAAGGCCUGGAAAUUUCAUAGACCAGAAUAGGUUUAGUCAACUAUAGGUAAUAAAAAUCUCAUCAAAAAUAA